AAAUUUUGUAAAUCUUAUCAGAUUAAAAAGAAAAAAGAAAAAAAGAUGAUCAUCAAUAAGGAGUCCUCUGCCUGCGAUCUACUCAGUGAGUUGCCCGACUCUUUAAUUUUCGAAAUUUUCCGGUUUCUGCCGAUGACAGAUGUUGUCCGUACAACAAUUCUGUCGAAGCGUUGGAAUAACCUCUGGACCACCUUCCCCUGGCUCGAUUUCAACGAUCGUCGGCUCAAAAUCGAUACUGAUAAAUUCCGAGACUUCGUCAAUGGAAUAGUAAAUUCAUGGAGAGGGAUGAAGAUCGUGAGAUUCAAUGUUGAAUUUCGCGAAUCCGAUCCUAAUCUCAACAAGUCAUUACCCAGCGACAGUGAUAUUGAUUCUUGGAUUCAAUUCGCGACGGAGAAAAAAGUCGAACAGUUGCAGAUAUUUUUAGCCUACAAAUUCUCAGUGCCGCAGUGCCUCUACUCGUGUUCAUCUCUCAAAGUUUUGCAGAUAAUGAUAAGUGAUCCUCAAGUUCAUGGCAAUGUGCAGUGGGAUCAGCUCAGGAGAUUAACUCUCUUUGCCGAAGGCUUCACCAAAAACGCGAUUGAUCGGAUUUUGCGCGGUAGCCCUCGGUUGAGAAAGUUUAAUCUGAUUCUUCGCAGCAGCAAGGGAGACUUGCGCAUCAAAUCCAGCAGUUUGAGACAGCUCAGUAUCAUAAUGUUUUAUAAGAAAGAUGCUCGUGUUGUCGAAGAUCCGGAGCUCAGAAUCUGGGCUCCGAAUCUUGAAAAGCUAGAGAUUGGAGGAGUUCCAUAUAGCAAGUGUUUUUUGAUGAACGUUUCUUCUUUAACUAGAGUGGCUCUGAACAUUGAUGGUCCAAAGAAGUUAUUUCCUGGGAUUGAUUUUGUUGGAGAGACACUGAGACGAAUUUUUCCGGCCAUCAAACAUGUUCAAAAACUCACAUUGUCAAAUUGGUGCAUCAAGCAGGCGCUUGGAGCUAUGAAAGGUAAACAUAUACUUAAACCUUUUCCCACUCCCAAGAUCUUGAUUCUCAAUGUUUGUUGCGAAGAACACCCCGAAGAAUACCCACAAGAUUACCCAGAAGAAUACCAACAACAAAUUCUGGGUGUUGUUGAGAUGUUCUCUACGUUGAGGAAUUUAGUCCUUGUAACCAACUAUAACGGUCUACCGGAACAUUUCAAGGGCUGCCUCGUGUUCGACAAAAAUCUCUCCAUCUUGUUUCUGCUGCAUCUCAGGACAGUUCAUAUUACUUGGACUAUUGGUGACGACAACUCCAUAUCCUUUUACCGCGAGAUAAAAGUAAGGAGUCGGAUACACUGUCCGAGUAUUUGCUCAUGGCAUCACAGAAGUUGUUGGAAAUGGAAGUAUCCUCCCCAACUGCGUAGCUAAUAUUUUGAUCAUGCUAAGUUAUGUCUCAAGCAUAUGGAAGCCACAUGAAUAAUUCAGGUAAAUAAUUGUUGCUUAAGUUGGGGAUGGAUGUCAUUGGUAUUAUGGUUUUUGAAAACUUUUGGAUUAAGUUGAUGAUGCUCUUUUGAUUAAUAUAUAACAUAGUUGUUUGAGUUCUUGUGAUGAAAUUGAGAAUACUUAU